AUGGCGGGGGGGGCCAAGCGGGACGGGGCUCGGCGAGCGGGCGGAGGCGAGGCUGCGGGGUCCCGGCGAGCGGGCCGGAUUCCAGAAAUGGAAACCGAAAAUGGAAAUCAGGAUAAGGCCAUGGAAGAGGAAACUAGUGAACAGAAAAAAGAGCGAGAGAAAAAAAAGCGGUCAAGAGUGAAGCAGGUGCUUUCAGACAUCGCCAAGCAAGUGGAUUUCUGGUUUGGAGACGCCAAUCUUCACAAGGACCGAUUUCUUCGGGAGCAGAUAGAGAAGUCCAGAGAUGGCUAUGUUGACAUAUCACUUCUUGUGUCAUUUAACAAAAUGAAAAAAUUAACCACAGAUGGAAAACUAAUAGCCCGUGCCUUGAAAAGCUCCGCCGUUGUAGAGUUGGAUUUAGAAGGCACAAGAAUUCGGAGGCGCCAGCCACUGGGCGAGCGACCAAAGGACGUGGAUGAUCGGACAGUGUAUGUGGAAUUGCUUCCCAAAGAUGUCAACCACAGCUGGAUUGAAAGAGUAUUUGGAAAAUGUGGGAAUGUCGUUUACAUCAGCAUUCCCCACUAUAAGUCCACGGGAGACCCCAAGGGAUUUGCAUUUGUUGAAUUUGAAACAAAAGAACAAGCCGACAAAGCCAUUGAGUUUCUGAACAACCCACCUGAAGAAGCACCAAGAAAACCAGGGAUGUUCCCGAAGACAGUAAAAAAUAAACCCAUUCCUGGCUUGAACACAAGUCCGGUAGCUGAAGAAAAGAAAAAGAAAAAAAAGAAGAAAUCCAGAAUGAAGAAAGAAAACAGUGCCCAGGUUGCAGAGACGAAGGAAUCAACUAAGUACACUACUGGAGAGCAUAAUAGCAAGCCGAAACGAGCCAGGACAGUGUCUGAAGGCUCCGAGAUGGAUAGUUCAGAGAACCAGAAGCCAUCCAAGAAAGAGAAGAAAAAGAGGGAACGAUCUGAAAUGGCAGGCUCGCCAGAGGAAGCCAGGCCAGCAAAGAGAAAGCGGAGCAGUUCUGGAGACGUUGAGGCAUUCGUAUCCCGCUCAAAGCUGAAGAAAUCCUGUGCAAAAGACGAUCGUCAUCAUCCUCAGGAGUCAACAGAAAAGCCUAAGGAUUGCAAAGAUCUUGAAGUGUCGACAGAAGAGGAAAAAGAUACUGGCGAUAUGAAAGAUGGAGAUGGCUCUCUUUUAAAAUCAAAAAGGAAGCAUAAGAAAAAGCACAAAGAAAGACACAAAAUGGGCGAAGAAGUCAUACCAUUAAGAGUACUCUCAAAAAGUGAAUGGAUGGCCUUGAAGCAAGAGUAUUUGGCUCUGCAAAAAGCUAGCAUGGCUUCUUUAAAGAAGACAAUAUCCCAAAUCAAAUCCAAGACUGUGGGUGAAAUGGAAAUUGAUACUUGUGAAUCAAAGAAGUCUGAAAUUAAAACAAGCAAAGCAGAAGGUGAAAAGACUUGCCCCCCUGAAAAGGUUAACUCAAUGGGACCGCAAUUUGUGAGUGGAGUGAUUGUGAAGAUCAUUAGCAUUGAGCCCCUACCAGGCAGGAAACACAUCAGGGAUACUCUGGCAGUGAUUUCUAAUGUGGUUUAUGUUGAUAUGCUGGAAGGAGAUACAGAAUGUCAUGUCAGAUAUAAAACUCCUGAAGAUGCCCAAGCAAUAAUGAAAGCAUGUACAGAAAUUCAGAAAAAGCACAACUGGAAAUUUGAAGUCCUUUCUGGUGACCAUGAACAGAGAUACUGGCAGAAGAUUUUGGUAGACAGACAAGCUAAACUUAAUCAACCUCGAGAAAAGAAACGGGGCACAGAAAAGUUGAUCACCAAAGCUGAGAAGAUUAGACUGGAAAAGACUCAACAAGCAAGUAAACAUAUUCGCUUCUCAGAACAUGGACUGGCAAGAUUCUAGUUUUGCUCUGCAAGAAGGAUUUUUUCAUUCGUCUGAAAUCCUUUUGCAGUACCGUGCUGCAGAACGCAAGAAUUUUGUUCUAAAGUUCAUUUAUAAUAGAAUAAAAUGUUACUACUCCUGAGCAUGUAGAUAAAGCUUUCAUUAAAACAGCAUAUUUCAUGUUUUUUA